AUGAAGCAACAUGUUUUCUCACGUGUAAUUUCUACUCCACGCUUGCUCAAGAAAUAUUCAUCAAGCCCUCUUGUUCAAAACAAUCCCUCAUCGUCUAACAUUUCAAUCACCUUCAAAAGAGGCGAGUAUCACCAACAACUAGGAAUCGGAGGAUCUUUUUCAAUUUUGCAAUCUUCUCUCUCUAAACACCAAUCAUCGUUGCUGUCCAACAUUGAUCAUCAUCACACACAUCAAUGUUUUCAUCAUUGUUGCAAUCACAACUUGUCUCAAACAAGGACAAAAACGAUUGUAAAACAGCCUUCUCCAAAUAAUUCCAAAACUUCUACCAAUGUCUCUUCAUCAAACCAAGAAUCAUCACUCUCACAAAAUUCAUCAAAUAACAAGGCUUCAUUCAAUAACAUUCAUGAACAACCAUUUUCGGAUGAGCAUGGUCAAGUAGAAGAAGCUACACUUGAGGAAGAAAUGCAAGAAGAAACAGAACCAUCAAAUUAUCCAAACACUGACUCUGAUUCAUUCAACACAUUUGUUUCAAAUUAUUAUAAAAUUAAUGAAAAUGACAUUCAAGAAUUUCUCACUCGAAAAGGACUACCUUUCAGAACAGUCAUGAAUGAAAUUGUCAUCAAGGAUUGUCCAUUUUGUCACGAUACCAAAGGAAAAAUUACAAACUUGUGGAAGCUCUAUAUUAACAGACAUACUGGAGCUUAUUUUUGUCAUCGAUGUGGAUCCAAAGGAUCAUGGUUUGAUUUCAAGACUAGUUUUCACAAAGACUCGAUCAUUUCCACUCUUCAUUCCGAAUCCUCUACCUCAAGACAAAAUAAUAAUCUGAAAUCAUCGACAGCCAAUACCUCUCAAACAAACUCAAAACGUCGGGACAAGCCCACAAGGAAAGAAUUUGAAUUUUUCAGAAAUAAUUUUGAUGGUCCUGAUUUUCCUGAAGCAGUUCAAUAUUUGGAAAAAGUACGUGGCAUUAAGAGAGAAGUUGCACAAUUAUAUGGAGUUGGAUGUGGAAUUUUUCCAUUCAUGAAAUCUGUGCGAAAACAAUCAUCCAACUCGAAUACAGAGGAAGAUUCUAUGGUUGAAGAAAGUUUGGAACGAGUGAAUGAACUUUGUUUUACUUUUCCAAUGUACAGACCCUCAAGAUCCAAUGAAACCUCUUCUCUGUCAAGACACAAAUUUAGAUCUAUUCAAGACAAGACAUGUAUGAGAUUAGAUCCUCCUCAAACGAAUCAUUGGGGACUCUUUGGAUGGCAUCUCAUUGAACAACAAUUGCAAAAAGAAGAUAAACUUUUGAACAAGACAUUAGGUCGCGCAGAUACGAGUAAAACAUUGGCCAAUGAUUCUCGCCUUGGAGGAAGAAAAGAUCCCAAACAUGAGAAACGUAUCAUUAUUACUGAAGGAGAAUUCGAUGCUAUGGCCGUCUAUCAAAAAACAGGAAUUCCAGCUGUGUCUCUUCCCAAUGGAUGUCGAUCGUUGCCAAUUGAGGUCAUUCAAUGGUUGGAAUCGUUUGAUAAGAUUUAUUUGUGGAUGGAUGAUGACGUUCCAGGUCAGCAAGGUGCUGAAAUGUUCUCUAAGAAACUCGGAGUAGGGCGAUGUUAUAUUGUUCAUUCGAGUUAUAAAGAGGAAGAAGAAGAUGACAUCAACUUGAUGAAUGAGGAACAGAGUGAUGUAACCAAAAAUGUGGAAAAGAAGCCUAAAGAUGCCAAUGAUGCACUUUUGGCUGGAUUAGAUUUUCAUCGAUUACUUGAAGAGGCAACUCCAAUUCCACAUGAAAGAAUUCUCUCGUUUGAUUCUUUCAAACAGCAAGUGUAUCGAGAAUUUUUUGACAAGUCUGAACAAGUGAAUGGUAUUCAAUCUCACUUUUUCCCAACAUUGAACAAAAUUUUGAAAGGAUUUAGAAGAGGAGAAUUAACCAUUGUCACUGGAGCUACCGGUAUUGGUAAGACUACUGUUCUUUCACAACUUUCUCUGGACUAUUGCAAGUAUGGAAAUGUACCAACAUUGUGGGGAUCCUUUGAGAUUAGAAAUCAUCGAUUGAUAAAAAAGAUGAUGUGUCAAUUGGCAGGAAAGGACUUGUCGAUCAAUCAUGCUUUUGAUAAAGAGAAUAGAAAACAAGAAAAAUUGCAAUUACAAGUGUUGGAGCAGGAAAUGGCCGAUCAAAUAGAAGACGAAGUGAGCAUGUUUGAUAAUUUUGAUAACAGUGAAGAUCCAAUGAGCUUAAUGUCAAAUUCUGAAGAGGAACCAACAGCACCUGUGAAAAAACAGAAAAAGAAACCAAAACCUCCAAAGUUGUCAUUCACACCAAAACAAUAUUCUCCUGAGGAACUUAAACGAGAAUUUGAAUUGAUUAGUGAACAAUUCUCAGAAUUGCCCAUGUAUUUCCUCAAUUUCUAUGGUUCUACAGAUAUUGAUGAGUUAUUGGAUGCUAUGGAUUAUGCCGUUUAUGUGUAUGACGUUGGGCAUAUUGUCAUUGAUAAUUUGCAAUUCAUGAUGUCCACGACUGAUUCCAGUACUUUCAACAAUAGAUUUGAAAUGCAAGAUCGAGCGAUUGAGAAGCUGAGAAAAUUUGCAACAACCAAAUCUGUGCAUGUAACACUUGUGGUUCACCCCAAGAAGAUUGAUGAAAAGGAGCAAUUGCAAAUAUCAAGCGUAUUUGGUACUGCUAAGGCAACCCAAGAGGCCGACAAUAUUAUCAUGAUUCAACGAAACAAGCACUACAAGUAUUUACAAGUUAAAAAGAAUCGAUUUGAUGGUACUCUUGGAAUUAUUCCAUAUAAAUUUGAGAGACACCGAGGAGAAAGAAUUACCGAAUUAUCCGAGAAGGAGAUUGAAAUGGUUGAGAAUGGUCAGCUUGAGAUUGAUUAUGAAUAA